CCACCCUUUCCGCGCGGGCGCGCGCGCCUCCAUGGUAACCGGCCGCCGCCACUACCGCGCGCGCACGCCGACGGCUGAGGGAGCCGGAGGGCUGCGCCCCCUCUUUUUUUUUUUUCUCCUUGCGCGCCUACGCGCCCACGAACACUCGAAGGACGCGGCCCGGUCCGCUAACAGGCCGAGAGCCAUUCUAUCCUUUCUCGCAUCCCGUCGCAGCAGGGCCGGGUCCUCAGGAUGCGAAGCCACAAACCCUUCGAGACGGGAAUAACCAGCCGCCGGAUUUCAUAAAAAAUAGGCGUUUGUUCUGCUUCAAUUCUGUUGUAGGUUUUCCAAGGAAGAUGAAUUUGGCUGAGAUUUGUGAUAAUGCUAAAAAAGGAAGAGAAUAUGCACUUUUGGGAAAUUACGACUCCUCAAUGGUUUACUACCAGGGUGUCAUCCAGCAAAUUCAGCGACACUGUCAGUCAAUCAGAGAUCCAGCACUGAAGGGAAAAUGGCAACAGGUUCGGCAAGAAUUAUUGGAAGAAUAUGAGCAAGUGAAGAGCAUUGUCAACACUUUAGAGAGUUUUAAAAUAGACAAACCUACAGAUAUUCCUGUGUCAUAUCAAGAUGAACAUUUUAGGGAUCCAGCUGUCUGGCCGCCACCUGUUCCAGCUGAGCACAGAGCUCCACCUCAGAUAAAACGACCAAAUCGAGAAGUGAAACCUUUGAGGAGAGAAUCACCUGGGCUGCAGCGCGGACCUGUGGGCAGAGCUCAACCAAUAUCAAAAAAUGAAAAACCAGCCAGCAGCCGAGAGAGGGACUCCAAAGCAAAAGGAAAAGAUGAAAAGGGAAAGAAGAUCCCCCAGGAUGGUGCUGGUGAUGGUGAAAUUCAGAAAUUUGAUGGAGCAGGAUAUGACAAAGAUCUGGUUGAAGCUCUUGAAAGAGACAUUGUGUCAAGGAAUCUAAGUACUCAUUGGGAUGAUAUAGCAGAUUUGGAAGAAGCCAAAAAGUUAUUAAGAGAAGCAGUUGUUCUUCCAAUGUGGAUGCCGGAUUUUUUCAAAGGGAUCAGGCGACCUUGGAAGGGAGUGUUGAUGGUUGGUCCACCUGGGACUGGCAAAACUAUGCUGGCAAAGGCUGUUGCUACAGAAUGUGGAACAACCUUCUUCAAUGUAUCUUCCUCCACUCUGACAUCAAAGUAUCGAGGCGAAUCUGAAAAGUUAGUCCGCUUGUUAUUUGAGAUGGCCAGAUUUUAUGCACCUACCACAAUAUUUAUUGAUGAAAUAGACUCUAUUUGUAGCCGCAGAGGCACUUCUGACGAACAUGAGGCAAGCCGACGAGUCAAGUCUGAACUUCUUGUUCAAAUGGAUGGGGUAGGUGGAGCACUUGAGAAUGAUGAUCCUUCAAGGAUGGUGAUGGUGCUUGCUGCUACCAAUUUUCCGUGGGACAUUGAUGAAGCAUUGAGAAGGAGGCUGGAGAAAAGGAUUUAUAUACCACUGCCAACAGCAAAAGGCAGAGCAGAGCUGCUAAAGAUUAAUCUUCGAGAGGUAGAACUGGAUCCUGACAUCAGCCUGGAAGAAAUUGCUGAAAAGAUUGAAGGUUACUCUGGUGCUGAUAUCACUAAUGUGUGCAGGGAUGCUUCUUUGAUGGCAAUGAGGCGGCGUAUUAAUGGCUUGUCACCCGAAGAGAUCCGUGCGCUAUCUAAAGAAGAGCUUCAGAUGCCAGUUACCAAGGGAGACUUUGAGCUGGCUCUGAAGAAAAUUUCGAAGUCUGUUUCAGCUGCAGAUCUGGAGAAAUAUGAAAAGUGGAUGUCAGAAUAUGGAUCAGCUUGACCUCAAAGACAUCUCUUCACAAGGGAUUUUAGCUUUUCAGUUACAGAACAGAUGGAGACAUCUUUUAUGGCUUGAAUUUUUCCUAUGGACAAGAUUCCCUGCUAAACUUUUUUUUGGCACUUCAGAGGGAACAAAAUAAAAUGUGUCACAGUGAAAUAAUGGUAUUUCAUGAAUAAAUACUAAAAACAGUAAACAUAGCAAAUUUUUGUUGCCUGCACUUUAACAGUGAAUGCCAGUAUCUUGAUUUUCACAUACUAAUUUUUUCAUAACUUUUAUUUGCCAGCCAGAAAUAGGAUUUUUCAGGAAAAGCUUAACUGUGUAUAUUUAUCUUAGAUCUGUGAUAUUCAGCCAUGUUUUAUGGCUAAUUAGAAACACAUCUCAACCUCACUGAAUGUAGGACUGACAUUUCUAUUCUUUGCUUCUGCUUCUCUCACUUUUAGAGGGAUGGUCAGUAGGAUCCAAGGGAAAACUCUCAGGCUCCCUUUGCAUUCCAGUUGUCAUGACUACGCUGGUGUUUGCUGACAUACUGAUAAUUAUGUGUAGUGAAAAGGGAGGCACCUGUUCUUGAACAUGCCAGGAUGCUUGUGGCUCAUCACAGGUUAACGGUAUGGUCUUGUUCCAAAAAUGAACAUUUUCCUUUUCUCUGUUUACUGCAGUCAGGACCUCAGCUGCUGUAUAAAGUGUGAUGCAGACAGACAGUGUUGAGAUCCUAUUCCAUUACAUGAUUGAUGUAUGGAAUUUUGCCCUUGUUUUUCCUUUAGAUUGUUGUAAAUCCUUUCUCUUCUCCCUUGCACCACUGUAAGCAAGGUAUCUUGAAAAUGUCUUUUAAAGUCAGGCUAAGUUCACAUAUGCUCUGGAGGUUACAGUAGUUUAACUUACCAGUGCUGUGCUAAAUUCAGCAGUGGUACAAAAGCUUCUUCCUGCUGUCUGUGGUUUUUUGGACAAGCUUGGAAAACCUUUGGCCCUCCACAUGUUUUGGAUUUUAACUCUCAAAAGUCUCGGCCAAUAUAGCUAUUGGUAGGUAAUUCUGAGAGUUAUAAUCAUGUGGAGAGAGGCAAAGGUUCCCCGCUUUUGUUUUAGACUGAUCAUUUUCUAAUUUGUUUCAUAAAUGGUAGUUGCACUUUUGUUGCAGUGUUGGAGAAAGAAGUGAAACCCAAACCUAGAAGUACAGAGCUAUCAAUCCUUGAGAUUCAGGAAUAUUUUCUUGCUCCUACCCUUUUAUCUUUCUGGUGUUUUCUAGCUGUUUUACUUAUUUUUACAUAUUUUAGCAUUUUCGUCCAGUAAGAUAAACUGAUACUAAUUUAUGGAGAACCUUUGCUAUAGCCACCAUAUGCAAAAAGUGUUGCAAAACAACAAAAUUGUUCUGUGUUCCCUUUCAGACAGAAGUAUAACUCACUUUUUGAGGUGAUACUGUUCAUGUACACAUGUGGAACUGGUUAUCAAAGUCAUUUAUUUAUUUAUUUAUUUCAGGGAAGGAUAUGAUUAUAGGAGUCCUGACAUGUUCUAGAAAAGUUGUGAGAAUUUCAUUGCAGAAAAGAUUUUGGCUUGGGAAAAGUUACAUCAGUUUCUCAUUCCAAGACAAGGUUUCUACUUGAAAAGGGGAUCAAAUACUGCAUGGGUCAGUUGCUAAAUAAAUCAUACCUCAAUUUUUUUGUCAGGGAACUGUAUAAAUUAUUCAUUGACAUGCUUAUACCACACUGUCUUUUGAGGGUUAAGCACUUAAAAUAUGUCAAGUUUUAAAUAUUAAGCAUGCUGAUUUUAGACCUCUUGACAUGGAACACCAUGUGGAGGUUGUACAGAUUGAUUUAGAAAUCCCUUCUGUAGACUAAGGACAAGCAUGAUCUGAGUAGAUAUUGUAGUUCAAAAAAAGUGAAUGUGAAAAUUCCAGAUUAUCUGGAAUAAUCCUUGGUUACAUUUCCCCCAUUGCUAACCCAGCUAGUGGGGAAAUUUCCUUUUACAUAUAGCCUUAGUUUAAUUUCAAUCAAGAUUGUUAAGUUACUGGCACAAGUCAGCAUUUGAUUUUCAAGGGCUUCAUUUAUAAUUAUCUUUCAUUGUGAUAACCAGCUCCUCAGCAUAGCACUUGCUGGGCAUGUCCAGAUCUGCAGAUUUGACUGCAUUUGGCAGAGUAGUGAGAGAUUGGUGCUUCUCCAUGGCCAUGUCCUACUAUCUGUGGCUAGUUACGUCCAUUGUGUUUGCAACACUUUUGUCUUUGGAUUGUUUACUUAUUUGUUUGAUUGCUCUUUUCAUGUAGAAGGAGACAUAUUGUGUCAAUACUGUGAAUGGUUUGCUAUGUUUAUUUCCAACAAAAAGCACUUUUUCUUUGAAUAGAAGGAAUCACAAUAAAUGUCCUAAUAAUGA